AUGAAUACUUCCCCAGAGACACCCAUUGCGACGGCCACUGUCAUUCCUCUCAAACCAAACUAUUCCGUCUCCACAAGUGAAUAUGUGUCACGAACAGGACCCACUGACCGAAACAACAACACUGCUCACCUUACCGAGUAUCAGAUCCAAGAGCUCAUGAAGCAAGGCUUUACCAAGGGCUUGAGCAUGUCCAUGGAAGACAUGAAGAGGGUUUUUGCUCUUCGCAUUUGGAUUGUCGAUAACUCUGGCAGUAUGCAGAAGCCAGAUGGACACCGAAUUAUUACCUCACUCCAGGACCCCAAUGCCAUUCGAAUGGUUCCCUGCUCUCGUUGGGACGAAAUUGUCGAGUGUGUCGAAUAUCAUGCGAGACUUGCUGGUCUCAUUGAGGCACCCACCAGAUUCCGUCUAUUGAACGACCCUGGUGCCAACGUUGGGCCCCAACAGUUUUCCAUUGCCGAAGAUCACCACAGUAUGAUUGCUCAACAAGUAAAUCAAGCGACGAGUAUCAUGCGUCGGGCCCGCCCUAAUGGAUGCACUCCAUUGACGAGCCACAUUUUAGAUAUUCACAAUGAAAUUUCCCAGAUGGCACCAGCGCUUAGAGGAUCAGGCCAAAAAGUUGCCAUCACCAUUGCCACGGAUGGAUUGCCAUCCGAUACUUUUGGAUACAGCGGAAACUCCCAGAACAUUGAAUUUGUCAAUGCACUUCGAAUGCUAGAAGGCCUACCGGUGUGGGUCGUCAUUCGCUUGUGCACAGAUGAUGAAGAUGUCGUGAACUUUUACAAUGACUUGGAUGGCCAAUUGGAAUUGUCAUUGGAGGUCUUGGAUGACUUCUGCGGAGAAGCGGCCGAGGUCACCAAGGAAAAUCCUUGGCUGAAUUAUGCAUUGCCACUACACAGAAUGCGCGAAUUUGGUUUCCACGAUCGUGUAUUUGACAUGCUAGAUGAACGUCCAUUGAUGAAAUCGGAAAUCCGAGACUUUUUGCUGUUGUUGUGCGGUCAGGAACACUUGGACGGAAUGCCAGAUCCAUCCAUUGAUUGGGAUGUCUUUUUCCAGGAUGUCGUGCGCCUGAUCAAGUUUGAAUCCUUUCAGUACAAUCCAAUGACUAGGAGAGUAUCUCCCUGGAUCAAUACUUCCAGAUUGAACAGAAUUCAUGGGAGUUCUUCCUGUGGCUGCUCCAUCAUGUGA